UCCAUCUUUCUCUCCCCCAUAUCAAAACAACUUAUGGAUACCGUCAUUGCAGCUCUUGAUUCAUGCAAGCCUUUCAACAACGACUUAGCAUCCCUGCCUCAAAACGGUUCUCAGUCCCCGCCCUCCGUCAUCGUAUCCUCAGACGCCACGCUCGGUCGUCACCUCGCGCGACGCCUGGUCCAAAUUGGAAUUAGUGAUGUAUUCUCCGUUCCCGGUGACUUCAAUCUAACCCUACUCGACCAUCUCAUUGCCGAGCCUGGACUCACUAACAUUGGCUGUUGCAAUGAACUCAAUGCUGGCUAUGCAGCUGAUGGCUAUGCGAGGCGUCAUGGGGUUGGUGCAUGCGUUGUCACAUUCACUGUUGGAGGGCUAAGUGUGUUGAACGCCAUUGCCGGUGCUUAUAGUGAAAAUCUUCCUGUGAUUUGUGUUGUUGGUGGCCCAAAUACCAAUGACUAUGGAACCAGUAGGAUACUUCAUCACACUAUUGGGUUGUCUGAUUUCAGUCAAGAACUCAGAUGCUUUCAAACUGUGACAUGUUUUCAAGCUGUGAUAAACAAUAUAGAAGAAGCUCAUGCUCAAAUUGACAAAGCCAUAUCAACUGCACUGAUUGAAAGCAAACCUGUGUACCUCAGCAUCAGUUGCAACUUACCUGGUAUCCCUCACCCAACUUUCAGCAGAGACCCAAUCCCAUUUGCUAUAUCUCCAAGGGUGAGUAACAAGAUGGGGCUCGAAGCAGCAGUAGAGGCCACAGUGUUGUUCCUCGACAAGGCGGUGAAGCCGGUGAUGGUCGGUGGGCCAAAGCUCCGAGUGGCCAAGGCUUGCAACGAAUUUGUUGAGUUGGCUGAUGCAUGUGGCUACGCGCUCGCCGUGAUGCCAUCAGCAAAAGGCUUGGUCCCAGAAUACCACCCUCACUUCAUUGGAACUUAUUGGGGAUCGGUUGGGACCGCCUUCUGCGGCGAAAUCGUGGAAUCAGCUGACGCAUAUCUAUUCGUUGGUCCGAUCUUCAACGACUACAGCUCCGUCGGCUACUCCCUCCUUUUGAAAAAAGAGAAAGCCAUCAUUGUGGAGCCUGACCGUGUGAUGAUAGCUAAUGGCCCAACAUUUGGUUGUAUUCUAAUGAAGGAUUUUCUCAGAGAACUUGCAAAAAGACUUAAGAAAAACACAACAGCUUACGAGAAUUACCACCGGAUCUAUGUGCCGGACGGCCAGCCGUUGAAAUGCAAGCCCAAUGAGCCUUUGAGAGUCAACAUUUUGUUUCAGCAUAUACAGAAGAUGUUGUCGGAGGAGAUGGCGGUGAUCGCGGAGACGGGAGACUCGUGGUUCAAUUGUCAGAAGUUGAAGCUGCCAAAAGGAUGCGGAUAUGAAUUUCAGAUGCAGUAUGGUUCGAUUGGAUGGUCUGUCGGUGCGACGUUGGGAUAUGCUCAAUCUGUUCCGAAUAAGCGUGUAAUUGCGUGCAUUGGCGAUGGAAGCUUUCAGGUGACAGCACAAGAUGUAUCAACCAUGAUUAGGUGUCAACAAAAGACCAUAAUCUUCUUAAUCAACAAUGGAGGUUACACUAUUGAAGUCGAAAUUCAUGAUGGACCUUACAACGUUAUCAAGAAUUGGAAUUACACUGCCUUAGUCGAUGCAAUCCACAAUGGUGAAGGCAAAUGUUGGACUACAAACGUGCGUACUGAGGAAGAACUCAUUGAAGCGAUCAGUAUUGCGACGGAAAAGAAGAGUGAUUCUUUGUGUUUUAUUGAAGUUGUUGUUCAUAAAGAUGAUACAAGUAAAGAGUUGCUCGAGUGGGGAUCAAGAGUUUGUGCUGCAAACAGUCGUCUUCCAAAUCCUCAAUGAAUGAUAAGCCUAGAUAAUGAGAGUCCUAGUGAAGAAAUUGAAUAAUAAUGGAUUAAGAUUAAAGAAAUAUAAGUGAAUUUGAAUGAGUUUUUUCUGUUUUUUUUUUUUUUUAAUGAGUUUACUCAUUCAAUUUAA